UUUCGGGUUAAACUAAACCCAUCCAAAAUCCUUUCGACCCUCAUCUCCGGCUUUCAUCACCAAUUCGCUUUCUCAAAUGGAGAUUUCCCCUGUUUUUGGUCACCGGCUUCACUCUGUUUUCUUCACACUUUCCCCACCACCACCACCGUCACUUCCCUUUUCAUCCAGACCCAUCACAAAUUCUCAAUCUACAUCCACAAAUUCCGUUAGUACCACCACCACCACCACCACCACUAGAACACUUCGAACUCAACUUCAAGAUUCUCCAAAGUCCAAAGAAUACAUCUCAGUUUCCCACAAAGCUAGACAGUCAGCUUUACUCGACAUUCAACAAUCCAGUGAUAUACAAUUGGCUCUUCAAAGGUCAGGAGACAUGCUGCAAGUGCAGGAUUUCAAUAUUGUUAUGCGUCAAUUAGGCAAGCAAAAUAGAUUCAAGGAUCUUUCUCAGGUCUUUGAAUGGAUGCAGCAACAUGGAGAGCUAAACUUUGCGUCUUAUAGUAGUUACAUAAAGCUCAUGGGAAAAAAUCUCCAUCCUAAUAAGGCACUCGAAAUAUACAAUGGCAUUGAAGAUAGGUUAAUUAAGGUUAACCCGUCUGUUUGCAAUUCGGUUCUCGGUUGUUUAAAUAGAAACGGCAAAAUCGAGAAAAGCUUUGAACUUUUUCGUCACAUGAAACAUGACGGUCUUGUGCCGGAUGUUGUUACUUAUAGUACGCUACUUUCGGGUUGUGCGAAAGUCCAAGACGGUUAUACGAAAGCUACAGAGCUGGUACAGGAGCUCAAGCACAAGGGGUUGCAGAUGGAUAGUGUUAUUUAUGGGACGAUAAUAUCGGUUUGCGCUUCAUGUAAUCAAUGCAAAGAAGCAGAGAGAUAUUUUAACCAAAUGAAGAUCGAAGGCCACGUUCCUAAUGUCUUCCAUUACAGUUCUUUGCUUAAUGCAUAUUCGGUGGAAGGAAAUUAUGAGAAGGCUGAGGAGAUAUUUAAAGAGAUGAAGUCAGCAGGCUUGGUUCCAAACAAGGUUGUUUUGACAACGUUAUUGAAGGUGUAUGUUAGAGGAGGGUUGUUUGAAAAGGCGAGAGUGUUACUAAAUGAAUUAGAAGCCCUAGGCUAUGCUGAAGAAGAGAUGCCGUAUUGUUUGCUAAUGGAUGCUCUAUCAAAAGCUGGAAAAAUAGACGAAGCUAAGUUGGUGUUUACUGAAAUGAAGACAAGAAAUGUGAAAACAGAUGGGUAUGCCUACAGCAUUAUGAUUUCAGCCUUCUGUAGAUAUGGACUCCUUGACGAUGCAAAACAAUUAGCAUCCGAAUUUGAAGCGAAAUACGAAAAAUAUGAUGUGGUUGUAUUGAACACAAUGCUGUGUGCCUACUGCAGAACGGGAGAAAUGGAGAAUGUAAUGAAUUUGAUGAAGAAAAUGGAUAAAUUGGCAAUUAAUCCCGACCGAAAUACUUUUCAUAUUUUAAUCAAGUAUUUUGUCAAGGAGAAGUUAUAUAUGCUUGCUUUUAAAACUUUGCAAGAUAUGCACAAUAGAGGCCAACAACCCGAUGAAGAAAUUUGUUCUAAUUUAAUGUUUCAUCUUGGUAAAACGGGUGCCCAUUCGGAAGCAUAUACGGUAUAUAAUAUGCUGAGAUAUAGCAAAAAACCAAUGUGCAAGGAUCUUCACGAAAAGGUUCUUUACAUUCUCAUAGCUGGACGGCUUUAUAAAGAUGCAUAUGUCGUGUUCAAGGAUAAUGCAAGGUUGAUCUCUCGGCCCGCUCUCAAGAGGUUUUCUAGUUCAUUUAUGAGAUUCGGUAAUAUAAAUUUGAUAAAUGAUGUCAUGAAGGCUAUCCAUAACUCCGGAUACAAGAUCGGUCAGGGUUUAUUUUCCAUGGCAAUAACGCGUUACAUAGCUCAACCAGAAAAGAAGGACCUGCUACUUCAGUUGCUGGAAUGGAUGUCCGGUCAAGGCUAUGUUGUCGAUCCGUCCACACGAAAUUUGAUACUAAAGAACUCAGACAUGUUUGGACGUCAACAAACGGCUGAGAUUUUGUCCAAACAACACAUGAUGUCAAGAACAUUGAAAACAAAAGACACAAGUAAACGAUGAAGAAACUUGAUAACUCUUAUUUCCCUCACAUUCUGUAUCUAACAGUGGCAGAAUUGACGGGUCGGAUAAUGGGUCAAAACGGGUUCAUCGUCAUUCAAAAGUAUGUAAAUGAGCCGAACCGAUCCUAACUAAGCUUGAGCUCGACUCGUUCAACUUAAGCGAGUUGGGUUAGAUUUAUCAUCUGCUGGAUUCAGGAAGAAAAUAUAUGUAAAUUUGUGAUGCUUCCAUUGUACCAUGCAAAAGUUUCACUCCCAGGAGUUAGGAGCUAUUACAUGUGUUAUUAUUGUAUAUACAAAAACCCAAAGGGUAUGUUAUGCAAUUUGUUAUUAUAAUUUUUAAAUGAGAUGAAGCUUUUUUACUA